AUGGAGAUCUGCGAUAUAUUGAAAACUGCAACCACCUCGAAAUAUAUGGAAGCCAUUAUAAAAUCUUUAUGCAUUCGAGUCGAGGGGAUGAAAAUUGGUUUCAACGGGGAAAAAACUGUUAUUUUCUUACAUAAUCCAAGUUUGAUCGUUUGCUGUGGAAACAACACUAUAGUACUUGACAAAAGAGAAAAAGUAUUGAAAAAGGAUUUGAAACCAUGGUUUUCCGAAACUUCAUCAAUCCUCGAAAAUACACGUCAAGUAUUCCUCCGAAUUUGCGAUUUGUUCCAGUGUGGUCCAUUCGGAUUGAGUAUUGUCGCGGGAGGCGUGAACCCGACCACCAAAGAGAUAUUGGAAAUCCCUGAAUUUAGAAACUUCAAAGACUUAAAUUUGACUGGUAUAGGGUUCACAAAGAAGGAAUUGGAUGAUGUAAUGGAUUUCGAGAGAGAAGAUCAAAAUUUACACAUUGGUGUAGGAAAAAUUCCAUUUACCUACAGUCAUCCAAAUGUCUUCAAGUACACCAAAGUCCAUUACUGGGAUGCUUGUUGGGUUCGUCUUGAACACCUUCUGACGAUCAAAGACAAGUUUAAGAUUACACUCGGACUCCACGGCUUACCUCUCACUGAUAUCAAUAAAUUCCUCAAGUUCUGGGUGAACGCAGAGUAUGAUUUGUUCAAAUAUAUGCAAAUUUAUAAUGAAAAUAGACAGCAUAUUUGUAUCAAAACUUUGUUCGACGGACUCGAUGUAUUGCAUGUAUAUCGACUCGGACAAUGGCGCAAUCUAAUCGCAGUGAAAUCACCGGAAACUCGAAAAAGACAGAUACUCAGCGUGAAUUGGUCGGAGGAGCGUACUUAUAUGAGUGCCUGGGAUAUCAAUGAAAGAGUUCAAGUAAUGGGACAAGAUGAUGAACCGUAUGCUCCAGAAUUCGAAAUUCUGAAAAUGUUAGAACGGAGAAGAGCUUUGAAGAUGGAAUUGGAUACAGUGGAAGAGGAUGAGAUAAGAAAACAAGAACUAACUGUAGCGAUCGAUCAGAUAACGACUGGAAUUACUCUGAAAGGUGUAGUAUUUAGAAACGAACGGCCUACUCUCUUUCGAUAA